AUGGAAAUACAAAAGUCAGCAGAAAUACAAAACAAUAGUAUUUUAUUACUUUCAUUACAUCCCUGUUUGACUACGCCUCUCACCUUUACUAGCCUCCUACAAGGACACUGCCCGUGUUUGGCUAGUCAGCGUAGCUCAUGAUUUUUUUCUUAUAGUGGUUGGUUAAGAAAGAGAUACAGCUGUGCGAAAGCUAAACCAAUUAGGUUGAACCAGAAAAUGAUGAGGGAGGGAAGGCAGUGAGAUAAUAAAGUGCCUGCAUUAUACCCAUGAGAUUUUUGAAACUUCAUUGCCAGCAGAUGGAACAAUUAGCAUUUCCUGAUUGGCUGAAAGAAUGUCAACCUGUCAGCAGAUGCAGAUUUCCAGUAGAGACGAAGGAAUACCAUCGGCUGUUUUGUGGUAUGCAGUUUCUGACAUGAUUUGUGAUUGCUCAACACAAAAUAUUCAAGGCCGGUAUUUUUUGACGUUAAGAAGCUCUCAGUGCAGUUCAAUAAAACUCCGAAGAAUAAUAAUUUACUGUAACUGUCUUUUUCAUUUUUUUAGGGACAAUACCUGAUCCAAGAAAUGAAGAGGUUACAGAAUUGCAGCUCUCUGACAUCAGUGAUGACGUAGGGACUUGCUGGCGUGUAGUUGGCUCAAACCUAUUCAUCUCAGCAUCAAAGAUUCAUAAUCUCGAUGAUGAGUACAAGACUAAUCGAGACAAGGCAAAUGCUCUUUUGAUCUCGUGGAAACAACAGGAGGGAAGUAACGCUACAGUUGGCCAUCUAGCUGAUGUUUUGGAUAGUGUAGGAAAAAGGAGCAUUGCUGAAAGACUGCUUGGUGGGUGAAUGAAUUAGUAAUAAAGUAAUGUGGAAAGAACAAAUGAUUCUUGUCAGCAUUCAGGGCUGUGCUCUAGCAGAACCCGGUGGCCUAGUUCCGUAAUUUACUGAGUUGAUUGAUCUGAUACCAACUGUUACGAAUUCCGUAAAAUAGUUACUCUUUUGCAAGCUUACAAUCUGUUCGCUUUGAGCGCUUACCAUUUGUAUGGAAAACCCGGAAAUUCCGGGGAGAAUUCAAAUGGAACGGUUCAUCCCGUUAACAUUUUGCGGAAAAGAAGUAAUACCUUUCGAGGUAUUACCGUUUUCCCGUUUUUACCGAAACGACCGAAAGUUUCUGUACCAUUUGUCUGGAUUACUAGUGCCAGGCUUCAUGUCGAGAGAAAGCGAAAAAUGUACCGGUAUUUUGUAAAUGGUACAACUCAAUCCCGUUCCUGUUUUCGGUGCCAAAAAAAUACCACAACCAUUUGACGGAGUUUUUCACCGAAAUUUCCGUACUAAUGGUAAGCACUCCUUGCUUAGUGUCCUUUGUCUGCCAAAAUGCUUCCUUCAAGCCACAUUUGUUGUUUUGGUUGUGAUUCCAUGUAAAUUAGUAAUCAGAAUACCUACGAAGCGGCUGCGAGAGUAUCAUUAAAUAAGCCGGAUUUUGAAUAAACUCAUACUGCAAGUCAUUUUAUUUUUUGUAAUGAUCUUGCUUCCGUUUGUAUUUUAUUGGUGAUACUAGAAAAAUUUGCACUCCUGUUGCCUAUAAAACACUAAAAAUACCUUUGGAAGCUUGAGCAAGGGCAACUCGUGUGCUUGACUUAGCCCUUGUGAUAACAGAUAUCGUCGGUGAAUAAUCAUGUUUUAGUUUGUAGUAGCAAUUGAAAUGUUGUUGCAUUUUGACUCAAUGCUAUUCCCAUUCUGAUCAGGCCUCAGUUGCGUCAACCAAAGAUUAAGAGACGUGGACACUGAAGAAUCAGACGCGCCAUAUCAGGUGAGUUUGUCAAGUCUUGCAUUUUAAAGGUAGAAACAAGUCGCGAGCAGAUUAUCAUUUGUGAGAAAUUGUAGGUUCAAUUCAUAUUUUUCGGGCCAACAAAGGAAUGAUUAGAUUAACAGCGCACUCUAGUACCAGGGAGCUGACAUUAUUAAUGCUUUUCCUUCUUCCUUUUUUCAGAUUAACGGGUGUGAUAGGAUGAUUUGUGAAAUGAGUGACAAACUAAGAGCCAACCUUAGAGAGGUAUACAAAAUAUCCUAUCCAUGGUAAGGAAUGGGAAAUGCUUGUCAUCCAUCCGGCAAAAGAGUAACAUGAUUUCGUUAUUUUUUCGCUUUUCUUCCAGUUUUUUAAAAGCCAAGACGAUACAUGUAACAAGCUGAUAGAUGAAAUGAGCGACGCUCUGCGAGUGAGCUUAUGGGAGGAGGUAUAAAAGUAAAUUAGUUAGGUCGAUAAUUCACUGAUUUGCAGUGAAGAUCGGAUCCCUUAUCAAUCAUUUAGGCUAUUUUCACACUGAACUGGAUAGCUUUUGCUCUGGCACAAAAACCAUACCGGUUAGGGCUUCUGUUCAAACAGUAAAAACGAUGAUCUCGGCGCAAUUUUUGUGACGGAGACGCCGAUUCGUUCUCUAAAGUGGAGGGUUACCGGCAUAUCAGAUAGGUGUUCAUACUAGGGACUUUAAGACACCACGCCGGCGAUGGUCACGAAAACGUCCCUUAAAAAAGUGAAUUUUCAUUCUUUCAAUCUCUAUCGCGAUAACUCCAACUCGUUAACUUUUUCAAACCCAAGCGAGCUCUUUUUCAGCCGAAUUGCUAAGAACCAUAUUCAAAUUAAGAAAGAGAAAGAAAAAAUUUAGCUGUCGCUUAUUUACGUCCUCCAUAAAACGUGAAAAUAGGAAUUUUCCCGUCUUAAAAUGUUGCAGUGACGGCAAAAAAAAUGUACAAAAAAAGCGUGAUGCAUGUGCAGAGCUUUUGCUUUGCCUAUUCAACCUGUUGCUUUUUGACGUUCUCGUUGUAGAUUGUAGUCGUCGUCGUGGCAUCUUAAAGUCCUUACAACCGAUAUAGUGUGAACAUAGCCUAAAUGUUUCUUUUCGUUUCUUUUUCUGUUUGUUUCAUAGGUUUCCAAACUGGAGGCCAAAAAUAAAGUAGAGCUUUCAGAAGAAAAGCAAAUGCGCCAGGACAAAGAACAAGAAGUGGGUCAACUUAGUACUAUUUUAUUUCAGUCUCUAUCGCGAUAACUCCAACUCGUUAACUUUGUCAAACCAAAGCGAGCUCUUUUUCAGCCGAAUUGCUAAGAACCAUAUUCAAAUUCAGAAAGAGAAAGAAAAAAUUUAGCUGUCGCCUAUUUACGUCUACCAUAAAACGUGAAAUUACGAAUUAUCCCGUCGUAAUGUUGUAGUGACGGCAAAAAAUUGUACAGAAAAAGCCUGAUGCAUGUGCAGAGCUUUUUCUUUGCCUAUUCAACCUGUUGCUUUUUGACGUUCUCGUUGUAGAUUGUAGCCGUCGUCCUGGCAUCUUAAAGUCCUUACAACCGAUAUAGAAUGUUCCUAAAUGUUUCUUUUCGUUUCUUAUUCUGUUUGUUUCAUAGGUUUCUAAAAUGGAGGCCAAAAAUAAAGCCCUAGAAGUAGAGCUUUCAGAAGAAAAGCAAAUGCGCCAGGACAAAGAACAAGAAGUGGGUCAACUCAGUACUAUUUUAUUGAAAUCUCUAUCGCGAUAACUCCAACUCGUUUACUUUGUCAAACCCAAGCGAGCUUUUUUGAGCCGAAUUGCUAAGGACCAUAUUAAAAUUCAGAAAGAGAAAGAAAAAAUUUAGCUGUCGCUUAUUUACGUCCUCCAUAAAACGUGAAAUUCGGAAUUUUCCCGUCGUAGUCGUGCAGAGACGGCAAAGAAAUGUACAAAAAAAGCGUGAUGCACGUGCAGAGUUGUUGUUUUGCCUAUUCAACCUGUUGCUUUUUGACGUUCUCGUUGUAGAUUGUAGUCGUCGUCGCGGCAUCUUAAAGUCCUUACAACCGGUAUAGAAUGUUCUUAAAUGUUUUUUUUUUUUUUCGUUUCUUUUUCUGUUUGUUUCAUAGGUUUCCAAAAUGGAGGCCAAAAUUAAAGCCAUAGAAGUAGAGCUUUCAGAAGAAAGGCAAAUGCGCCAGGACAAAGAACAGGAAGUGGGUCAACUCAGUACUGUUUUAUACUAGUCAUACAAGGUGCUUCUUCAACCGUGAGCGAACAAGGAUGAAUGACCGGACUUAUAGAAAUGACCUCACCAUCAUUCAUUCUUACGCCGACGAUAGCACAGAGCCUUAUUAACUAUAAGCCAGUAAACUAAAAAAAAAAAGAGUCUUAUCUCGAGACUGGCGGUCUUACGUAUGUUUUACUUCGUUGCCUCUUGGUCUUGCAGGUUUCACAGCUGAUCACUAGAAUUGAUGGAUUAGAAGAGGAGCUUUCAAUUGCCAAGCAAAAAAGCCAUAAUGAGAUAAACGAAGAACAGGUGAAAAAACAGUUGCGCGAAACGCUGCGGCACUUUUUAAGUAAAACGAACUGUGAAAAAUGUUUUUUAGAACUAUUUGACGUGUUAAAAGCUUUAAUAAGCUAAUAAUCUUAAUAAGCUUAAUAUGUUUCCCUCAUUUUAGGUAAACCGGACCUAAAGAAACCACUUAUAAUAAACGGGGAAUAGCAAUAGAAUCCUCACGGCCUUUUUGCAUGGAACUUAAUUAACCCUCGGACGCAUACGCAAAUUCAUACCCCCAGAGUGGUACAAUGGGGGAUGGAUGGAACCCCUCGACGGAUUUUUUAAUAUGUUGCAGUAUUUCGAAACGAUUUUACCUUCAGUGGAAAGCCUUGGAUCCUCUCUACAAGAUGAGGUAUAUUUUAUGGGUGGUGGCGCUGCUGGAAGCCUGUAACGUCACCAACAAUGGUCGCCAUCUUGACCGCCAUCUUGCAUUUUACCAAGAAUUAGAAAUCAGGUUAAAGCCGCGAGAAAUAGAAUUUUUUGUGCUUAACAUGAAAAAUAACACAAUCAUAAAUUAAGAUAAGCACUUUGCAUGGUUUUAGUCACGAGAUUUACUUUUAUUGUUGAAAGAAAAAAACAUGUAUUUUCACCCAAAAAUGGCUUGCCCACCUGCUACUUAUGACGUCUUAUCUCGUAACCAUAGCAACUGGCCGGCACUGAGCUUGUCUCAAAGUUUGCGCGAGGGAUAAACAAACAGCUUCUGAAAACGUCAGUUUAUCGUCUAGGAAAAUACUCAGAAAAACGUUAGCGUGGGUGGCAUCCACCACCCCCCACCCCCACCCCUUGUACGUCCGAGGGUUAAGAUAUUUACAGAAUCACAAAGGGGGUAACUUAUUUUUCUCCUUCUUUUUCUACAUAUCUAGCAAUUAAGUUUGAUAUAGAAAUUCUGAAUAUCAGAGUAACACGUACAGACCUGCCGAAAUCGGCAAGUAACAACAGAAGUUUAUUCGUCAAGCAUUGUAGCUGAAUUCUCACACAUUUCCGGCUUUUUAUAAUCAAUGCAGGAAGGUGACCUCUCAAGGGAUACAGUUCAAUUAGCUAGAGAUCGAGAACAUCGCAUUGAUGAUCGAUUAAGAAACAUCAACGAACAGCUUUACAUAUACGUUACAGCCCCUCUUCAAGUACAAGAAGUAAAACAAGAUCAACUAAAAACAACAGUAAAACUUGAUCUACUAACAAAACUUAGCGAGCGGUUACAAGAGUUUUACACCGAGGCUCUAGGUACGGUUAAAGAGGCCUGUAAAUGUAACGAAGACUUAAGGAAGGACUUCUAUGACCUUGCCUACCACGGGCUCAGGGCCGAACACUAUGAGCUGGUCCACAGAGUUAAGGAUCUGGAAUCUUCCCACGAGGAGAUGUCUGAGGAGGAAAAGAAGGAGUUUGACAAGUUGCAAUCAUAUCAGAGGGGCAGACAAAGCCAGGUCGACCAAUUGGACAAACUGUGGAGAUAUCUCUUUACCCCGGUAUGUAUUUAUGUUAACUAGCGUCCCAAAUUAACGGUUUGACUUUAACUUUAUUUUAUUCAGCAUUUAUACUGUUAGGUACCGUUCAAUUGAAAAAAAAAAAGGAAAGAACAAGACCGGUAGGCGGACACAUGAACACCAUAACAGUCUACCAUUUUGUACGGCAAAGGUGCGGUUACUUUGACGCGUAGUAACUAAGCUAGGAGACACCUCUUUUGACUUGGUGUAGUAGAGCUCUGCGCAGGGGCAGAGGGUAAAACCUCUGACAAAAGUUAAAAUUAAUGCGGCAUUUCUGUGUUAAUAGAGCGAAAAUAUUGAAUGAUUUCGUAAGAACGAAUUGUCUGGUCAAAUUUUUCAGUCUGUCGAAAAUUCAGUGUCCGCUGCCGUGUGAAUAUAUAUAGCCUCAAUGUUUUCCCCGGUUUCCAGGUACUUUGCUAAAAACAACUCAGUUGCGUCUCGUCGUUUUGCAAUUCACUUCUCGGCGUUGGGAUUUGAAAAUGAAAUGAUCAAACCGCCCGCGUCUCAUGUUUUACAAGUUAUUUCUGUCUCGGCAAAACUGGGAUUGCGUAGAUAGAUCGAGUAAUUAAUGAAUAUAUAGUAUCCUAGGUAUUACAACUUAAUUUAGCCUUGAAACAACGCUAACUGAUCCUUUAACUUGCAGCCUGGUCGCCGCCAGAAGACAGCAAUGUCAGCAGAUCCUGUGGGUCAGAACAAGCCAAGAGACAGUAAAAAGGUGGAUAAAGAUUAUUUAAAGUUUAAUUAGAAGAAAAUUUGGACUAUGUAACGAAAUGAUCAGUGUCCUUUGCUUUAAAAUCCUUCAUUUGCUGAAUCCCUCCAUGACCAAUUCAUUCGCAUUCAAUUAUUCAUUCAUUCUUUCGUUCCUUCAUUCUUUCAUCUCCGCAUCCAUCCAUCCAUCCAUCUACUCCUUCCUUCCUUUCUUCCUUCCUUUUCUCUUCCAUGGUAGAGGAAAGGCUUUGUUUAGUUUGCAAAUGUAACUGUAUAGAAGACGACUUAAAGUUAUAAAACACUUCUUUAUGCAUUGUGUAGAAUACGAUACGAUGAUAUUGUAUGAUUCAGUUUCUGUUCAUGUUUUAGACAAUUUGUAGUAGUAGUGAAUAUAAAUUUAUUUAUUGUAACUAGACCAAUACCUCCCUUUGGACAGUAAGGCGCAAUGAAAAUAUACAAGGUGUACUAUACUACCAUACUACUGUUCGUGCAUUUAUUCAUUCAUUUAAUAAAUCAAUCAUUCUUUCAUUCAUUUGAUUGGCUUGGUAACCCAAAGAUAUCACCCGCUCUCGAUCAGCGUUUGCAAGUGUGAUUACCCCUAGAUGUUAGGAGGAGAAAAAAAGAGAUAUAGAAAAAUAUUGUUGUUUUUCCCUUGACUCCCUGACAUGAAAACGAAUCUACACUUUUUAAUGUCUGAAGAAUGAUUUUGUAUACCUUCGCUACAGGUCACGAGAUACACUGACCCUGGCGACAUAUGGAGAAAACUUAAACUGCGUGGAGAAGACACAAGACCUGCAGCACCCUCAACUUCCAGCGAUGGCCAACCAGAAGAAGAGUCACGUUUGAAUGUAAGUAUUCCCUCAUUUUUUUUUUCAUUUUUCAGUACCUCACUCUUUCCCCCGUCAUGUAAGGCGCAUUUGAUCAUAUUUACAUUUCCAUUUGCGCCAAAAGAGAAAUAAAUUAUUGUUAAUUACUAUUAUUAUCAUUUGCAGACCCCGCCUUCCUUUUAUAAUCUAUUUUGAGGCCGUAGUUUCCUACAAAAAAGGUGUCUCCUUUUGAUGUUGCUCAAUGUUUUCGCGCAUCAAGAAUAUCUGUGAGAUUUAGUUUUCUAAUGACGGUCAGUUUCCUUAUACUUGCACUUUACGGCUCCUUUCCAAAUUGCUGCACUAAGAAAAGGAGCAUCGAUGAUUAGUCAUCAACUUGUGUUCAAUCCCAUCGCCCAGAAUGCCGCAAUAUAUCUCGGAACAUUGCAAGUUACAGUCCUGACCAACUCUACACAGUUCGACAUGCGAGGCCUGCAAGUUAGGCCUUUUAAUAUUCCAUGAUAAUUAAAACUUUCAAAAUCGUUAAGUUUGACACUUGCAAUGUAUCAACCAAUUUCGUUCAUCGGCCUCGUCAACGGUCUUCAUCAUUUUUCCUUUGCCUCACAAGUUAUGAGUCAUGAUCUUACCAGUGUUGAUUCCAUCAGCUUUUGCCCUGCCUGCAAAUGAGGUUUACUUUCCAUUAGGACAUCAUUUUACACUAACGCACAGUACGUCAUGUGAACGUACUGAUUUAACAUCGACGAUGUUCUGUCACUGAACGUCGUCACUAUGGUGGUUUCUUGGCUCAUCUUUGCCAUUUGAUGCUUAUGUUUUGGUCUCCUGACUAUGAGUGAAAGACCAAAUCAUUGCUUAUAUAGUGGGGGGAGGAGGGGAGUAGUUAACGACGUACUUUUCACGUAUACCACUUAUAAUAUUACCAAAAAGAUUUUUUGUCACCUGUAGUUAACGACGUACUUUUCACGUAUACCACUUAUAAUAUUACCAAAAAGAUUUUUUUUCACCUGCUAUGGUGAAAAAUUCACUUCUUGUCUUUUGUGUCAAAUAUUGCUCUCGGACUUUUGGAAUUUCUGUACCAAACCUAUAAUAUUAAUGUCUUGAUAUUAUCUUUCGGCCUAAAUAUCUGAGGCGGCGCAGUUACCACAGUUUUUUGUAAGUUUCAAUAACCAUGUUCAGAUCACCUUUUCCUGCGUAGUCAAUUCAAGAACUGUGCAAAAUAGCUGUAAGAAAUCCCUUGACUUUUCACAAAGCAAUUAGCUCUAAUCUGAUAGGAGAUAAAAGUUAACUGGAUUGUAUUAUAAAAACUGACUGAAUGUUUUUUUUUUUUUAGCUGAGGAAAAUGAAGUCAACCGUCGGAUCAGUCAUUCAAACCAUUUCUAAAAAGAAGGAGGGUGGCGAGAAACAGAUGCGGGAUUGCUAAUUAUUAUUUUUACCAAGUAAAAUGAUAGUCUAUGAUGUUUCCGUUUUUAGGUCCCUUUAUAUUUAAACCCUCCCCCCGGGGGGGUACUCCUGGAAAUUCUUGGUGGGGGUGUGCCGGUCAGUUCUCCAAAUCCUGACCCUUUUUCAGACCAAAAGGUGACAUUUUUCACACCCUUUUUUAGACCUGGCUGCAAAAAUCCAUACCCGUUUUACUGGCCUUUAAGAAAUAAUGUCAUAAUUACUUAGAUUAGAACAGCAACCAAAAAAGAUUUCUUCAAAUCCACUUCGAAUUCGCACUUUUCUCUUUCUUCCUUAUUCAUUUGGAAUUGAAGCAAUAAAUACGUUUAUAGUCACUACCGUAAUUCCCUCGAAAACCAUAUCCGAAUCUAGACUAAAAUGGGCAAAGUCUAUAUCUGUUUUCAGACCAAAACGGCGCAAAAACCCUACUCUUUGGGGCGGCACAUACCUGUAUGGCUUAUAUAAUGGAGUAACCCCUGGGGAUUUUACCCGGUACAACAUGCAUAUUAAUUUUUGUAGAGAGGCGUUGGUAUAUCAAGAACCUAGAAUUCUCGAUUGCACUACAAACUUGUACAAAGUUACAACUUUUGACCCUCUUGCAGCGAACACUGUCUCUUUGUGUUAGAGUCUCGAAAUGGGGUUCUGUUCACGCAAAACGAGGGGAACUCGCUGUUAGAUUAAACAAAUAGACCCGAUUCCAAUAUAUUAGACUGCUUAUUACAGACCUGAUUCCAAUGUAUCAUACUUCUCAUUAUUUAGCUAUUUUAUUCUCUGUCCCUGGUCACCAGCAGUUUAAUUCUCUAUAUUGGGUGAAAUUCAAGCGGCGAAUCCGCAAUAACGAGGCCCGACGCCCUUAGACGGCUUUUUAUUCUAUCUUAGUGAUUUCCAGAACAGACCUCUUGAGCUAGGGUAAGAUACCCGUUUUUUUUAUUAUUUACUUACAAAUAUAGCGUGAUCAAGAGGUCAGAAAUCGGAUGUGCAGUCCGUACGGACCUAGUCCCGCUUAGACCAUUGGGGUGGUUUCUCAGUACGUACACCGCCUAAGUUCAAAUUCCCGAGACCAUGUUUGAAAAUUACCGACUGGUACGCUUCGUGCGCCUAUUUAGUACUUUUACUUGAACUAUUAUUUUUUUUUUAUCUAAUAUUAUUUGCUCAAUUUUACUAGCCAGUGGCGGCCACGGUUUUGAGUAUACGGUAUCAAACAUGACUUCAGGUAACGGUAUGUUAGGUUUGCUUUAGGUUUGAACAUGUGCUGAGAAACAUUUGGGCUGAAUUUCGGUUUUAUUGACAAGCUUAUUUAAGGUAUUAUUAUUCCCACAGACCGACCUUGAAUAGCUUGUUUUAUAAUCACUGUGCAGGGUAUGAAAAAGGUUAUUAUUGUUAUUAUAGUUCGCUAUCGC